CUUGAAUAAAACCGCCAGGAUCGUUUGAUGCUUGCCUUCCUCGUCGUUCUCAAUUACGUGUGUUGUACUUCUAAUUGUAAUCCGAAUAAAUUGAAAACAGUGCAGUGACAAUGCAGAUUGUGUGGUAGUAUUCAAGAUUUUGUAAAUGAACUAAUAGGACAAAACAACGCUGUGCAAUAAAUGCAAAUUAGUACACUUUCUUCGGUUGGUUAGCUGAAAUUAAUUAAACAGAUGCAUUAAAAUAUACUGAUAGUGAACUAACCGUUGUGUAAAAACGUUUUUCUGCUCCGAAAGCAUCAAUUCUACAAAAGUCUCAUUGCAAACUAAAGGUGAAAAAGAGCUCUAACGGAUUUUAUUGAUUAACUGAAAGUAUGGAUGCUUAAAAACUACGACUUCAAUUUAUACCAUAUUACAGUAGUUAACAAUGGAUUUUCGCGAGUUGAACAAAAUCAAGAAAGAAAAUAAAAAGAAGCCCUUACUUGUAAUUAAAGAUCGAAAAACUGCUCUGUCGGCUUUGGAUAUUCAAAAGUUGUUAGGCUUGACGAUUUUCCCCCAACAUUUCGUUAAAUGGCCUGAUUGGUGUUCAGUCACCAAGCCCUCGUUCAUCAAGAAUAUUGUUCUGGUAUUUAUUAACAGAGUAAAUACUCUAAAAUCGAACGAGAAAUAUGGACAACAGUUUGCUCUGAUGUUUGGGGAGCCACUGAAAGUAUUAAAUCCAGAAGCUUAUAAGUAUACAUGGGACAGAGAAAUUUCUACUGUCCCCAGAAGUUUCCUCACAACUCACGCAGCAGCUAUGGCGGAUUUAAAUAAGUCAAUACUAACUCCUGUUCCCCGCCGCACGUGGAUAGAUGAUGAAAAAACUAUUGAUAAAAUGCGUAUAAUCAAAUCAGUUCACGAAAUAACUAAAGAACAGUUACCUUCACAGACUACUAAUUCUACUUCUACUACUACGACAACUACUAAUGAACCAGUAGAAAAACGCACUCUUAAAAGAAAAGCUGAUAAACUUUUUCCAUUACCUAUACCAGGUACACCUGAUGCAUUUGAUAGAACUUUACUGAUUUUAAAUGUUGAGCAAAUGAAAAAAGAAAACGUUCCAUUACCUAAUGAAUUAUUAAUCGACCAACGUAAAUACUUCAAAAACCGUUCAGAUUUUGUACCAAGUAAACCUGUAUACCUUCCUGUAUCAGCCAACAGCCCAAUGUAUGCAGUAGACUGCGAAAUGGUACUUACAUCCGUAGGAAGUGAGUUGGCUCGAGUGACUAUGGUUGAUGAGAAGGCAACAGUUAUGUUCGAUCGUUUAGUGAAACCGCCAAAUCCUGUUAAAGACUAUUUAACUAAAUUCAGUGGAAUUACUAGAGAAAUGCUUGCAUUAAUAGACACUACACUGGCAGAUAUACAGCACGAAUUAGCUGAAACGUUACCAGGAGAUGCUAUCUUAGUUGGUCAUUCGAUUGGAAAUGAUUUAGAAGCCAUGAAGGUUUUUCAUCCGUAUUUAAUUGAUACAAGUGUCAUCUAUAAUCUGAAAGGCAAUAGAGCGGCUAAAACACGUCUUCGAUUCCUAUCAGAACAUUUUCUCGGACGUAUGAUUCAAACUGGUAAAGGAGGUCAUUCUUCCGCUGAAGAUGCCAUUGCUACAAUGGAUCUGGUGCGAUUAAAAUUAAGCCAAGAUAUUGGCUUUGGUGAUGUGACUACAUCUUGGCGUUUCCCAGAAGAUUACCAAUCGCCAAUAGAAACCAAGUCUGCUAGAUUUACUGCAUUAACAAGUAAUAAACAAAACUCAAACAUCUUUUGUUGUUUACAGCAAUACAACAAUACUACUAACGACAAUAACCUUCCAUUUAUUUCAUCAACAUGUAAUGAUUUCUUAACAGAAAGUCAAUAUUUUGAAACUCAUCCAGUUUUUCAAGAUCAUCUAUUAAAAUUAUGUUCAUUUUAUAAAUCUUUGGGUAAACCAAUUCACUUGUUUAAUCGUUUACUACAUGAUUCCGGUGUAACUUAUGCUUAUUGGCCAAUUUAUCAAGGAGAAAACGACAAAGAACAACAACAACAAAGAGAAGAUCAAGAGAGAGAAAAUAAAUCAGUUCAGCUUAUUACUACUGAUUCAAAACAUAGCGAAAUUUUCAUACCUAUAAAUUUUAAUUCAACUGAUCAUCAAACGACCACUACUGAUAAUGUAAAUACAACAACAACAACAACAACUACUACUACUACUACCAACAGUGAUGAACCUACAACAACAUUGACAGUAGUCAAUAAGAUUUCGAAAAAAUUAUCAAAUUACAUCGUUGAUUUGUGUAAUUCACAUAGAUUAGUAAUGAUACAGGCGAAUUGUUCGCCUGAAUGGGAUAAAGAAAAAUGCUACCAUAAAGUGUGUAAAUUCUGUACAAAAUUAUAUUCAAGUUUAGCAGAAAAUAGUUUAAUCGGUGUUAUUUGUACAGGUUCCGAAUUUCAAAAGCCAUUAUCUAAAAAACGUACACAUGCAAACAUUUUAAAAUCAGCUUUAGGCAAUUUUUAUAUAACACUCAAUUCAAAUGUUGUUGUUCAAACUACAACUGUUGAUAAUGAUUCCAAAUGAAGAUGCUUAUUAGUAUUGACUUUUGUUAUGUGUAAAUUUUGAAUUUCCAACCGACUCAAUCUUUUGUUUAUACCAUAAUAAUUUCCGCAAUAUAGAAAUAAACAUUAUUCUUUUGUAUAAAUUACGCAUAUUUCUUAUGAUGAUGUACUUAUUUACUAACAAAGAGAUAUAUGAUCGA